AUGUUGAAUGAGGAUGAAUUGAGGGAUGCAGUGCUGCUGGUCUUUGCAUACAAGCAAGACCUUCCGAAUGCUAUGAAUGCUGCUGAGAUAACUGACAAGCUUGGACUUCACUCCCUCCGUCAACGUCAUUGGUACUCCCUCGUGUACCUAUAUGAAAAUAAGAGAAGUUUCUUGCAACUUGAUCUACAUGUAAAUCCACCUGGUUUAUUUCAACUGCUGAGGACUUCCCUUUCCACAUUUCACGCAGGCAAACAAGGCAUUUUCUUCAGUGCUUUUGAUAGCCGAAUGCUUGUCGAAUUGGAAAUUCUUUCCCAUCCUGAGGGCUUUACUAGAGCAAUCUGCCUUCUGUGCUUAGUUUUGUUUCUCAUAGAGAUCGAGAUCACCGUGAAGUAG